AAAGGAGAGAGAGAGAGAGAAACGAACAAGGGGGGGUGGGGGUAAAGAGGCCUUGGAUGCCUGGUUCCGGCGAGGUAUAAAAGCCAGCGGCUCGGCUCUCGUUCGUCACUUCUGUUGUGAGAACCUUGGGAAGCCGAGCAAAGAUGAUGUCAGGACGCGUAGUGUUGGCAGUGGUGGCGGCAGUGGUGGCAGCGGCGUUGGCAGAGCCCACAUACCCCCGCCCCCAGCCCCAGCCGGCCCCCUGCUACCCCAAGGUCAAACACGUGACCCAGUACCAGACUCAGGUUCAACAGGUCCCAGUGUACAGCACCGUGUACAAGACCCAGGUCGUCCCAACCACUUACUACCAGACCCAGUACCAAACCCAGUACCAGACCCAGUACGAGACCGAGUACGUUCCGAGGUACGUCACCCAGACGGUCUACAAAACGCAGGUGCAGUACCAGACCCAGUACAAGACCCAGGUGGUGCCCCAGUACGUCACCGAGACCAAAGUCCAGUACCAGACGCAGUACCAGACCCAAGUGGUUCCCCAGUACCACACCGUCACACAAACGCAGCAGUCUUACGUGACCAGGUGUCCCAAGCCUGCUUACGGUUACUAAGCCAUGACACGAAAUAUAAAAAAGAUAUUGAAAGAGAAACAUGUUUGCUUUUUUUAAACUAAUAAAUAUAUAAUUUAU